AUGUUUCUGAGAAGGAAACCGCCACAACUUAGUGUGUUGGAGGAACUCCAGCAAACCUACAACGACGUAUGCAACACCACCAUCAAGAAUUUGGAUUUGGAAGAGAAAGGAAACUUUGAAGAUGCUCUCAAGGGUUGGAAAGCUCUUCACACGCUGCUACUCUACAAGAUCGACGUUUUUGAGAAGAAACCAAACAAAAUCCAUGCAGAAGAAGCUAGCACUCUUGGUGAGCUAAAAGCGAUACGGGAUGAGAACGUCAAGCAUUUGGUGCGCUUGCAACUACGCUUAGACGAACAGAAGCGUCGUCAGAAGAAAGCUACCGAAGCAGCUCCUCCGUUGCUUUCGCCCCCGUUGACCUCGCCGCCAGUUUCCUCUUCCUCUUCCCACAAUAUGAGCAUUCCGUCUUUGCGUAAUGGUAACCCCAGCCGAUCUUUUAAUAAUGGCGCUGGUCAGCGUCAGAUGAUGAAGUCACUCAGAAACAAUAGUGGGCCUAGCAUUAAGCUAUCGGCUCUGAAUCGAGAUGCCGUGAAACAGGCUGCCAACAUUUCAUGGCAGAAACCCAAGAAGAAGGAGUCGGAGAUUUUCGAUGACUUCGACCAAACCGAAAUAUCAACCACAAAUUGGGAGCGCCUCAAUUCUGCGGGAUCCACCUCUACGGACUCGUCGACAUCGUCCAACUUGAUAGACUUAGAUGAUCUGCAGCCAGAAGAAGACUACUUCACCACUUCUGUGAGCAAGUCCUUGGAGGACCUUUCUUUUGAGCCCAUAAUCAAGAAGAAAGCACCACCUCCACCACCUCCGCCACCGAAGGCCACUCCACUCCCUCCCGCAAGACGCACGCAUUUGGCUCCACAGAGCACACCUCGCCAAUCUCUUUCGGCGUCACCUCCCGAACCUCGAGCAACGUUAGCCAAACCUGCCAUUCACAUGGCGUCACAUUCUACUCCUGACAUUCGAGCUAAACCUUCCGCUGAGACACGCCCUACCAAGACUUACACUUAUACCCAGCCAACACCCAUCAAUGUGAAAAAGAUGAUGGCUGCUUCCAGCAACAGAAUGAAGCCGACUCAGGUAAAGACGGGUAAGCCAGCACCACCAAAAGCUGCAGUCAAGCCUGCUAAUAGAUCUGCUGUGUCGAAGACCCCAGCGCCCGCUAAGCCAGUAGCUCAACCUACUUCUCAGCCAGCUACCAGACAGGUGAAGAAAUCUAAUAUUACUUAUAACUACAAAAUAGUUGAGAAAAAGCCUGUUGCAGGAGCAAAACCUCGGACACAGACUAAAAAGGCAGCGCCUCCCGUUGUAAAAGUGGAAGUGCCACCAUCGCCUACUAUGGACGAUAUCCUUGGAGGCUAUGAAGAACACGACACCAUGGAUGCACCAGAACAAGUUUCUAAGGAAGGAGACAUGAGUCCAGAGGAGAUGGAUGCUCUAAUUAAGUCUAUUAGAGGUAUAGACGAGUUGGCUGCUGUUCAAAUUCUCAAUGAUAUUGUUGUUCGUGGAGAUGAGGUGUAUUGGGACGAUAUUGUGGGGCUAGAUGCAGCUAAGAGUUCGUUGAAAGAGGCAGUGGUUUAUCCAUUUUUACGUCCUGACUUGUUUCGUGGCCUUAGAGAACCAACUCGAGGUAUGCUCUUGUUCGGCCCUCCAGGAACAGGUAAAACCAUGCUUGCUCGAGCCGUCGCAACAGAGUCGAAAUCCACAUUUUUCUCAAUUAGUUCAUCCUCACUUACUUCCAAGUACUUAGGUGAGAGUGAGAAAUUGGUUAAGGCAUUAUUCUUGCUAGCACGGAAACUCAGCCCCUCCAUCGUCUUUAUUGAUGAGAUUGAUUCUCUAUUGGGCACCAGAACAGAAGGUGAAAUUGAGAGCAUGCGGCGAAUCAAGAACGAGUUCCUCGUUCAAUGGUCUGAAUUAUCAUCUGCUGCUGCAGGCAGGGAUUCAGCAGCUAGCGAUGUGAGUCGAGUUUUGAUCUUAGGAGCCACCAACUUGCCUUGGGGUAUUGACGAUGCAGCAAGGAGACGUUUUGCAAAAAGAGUAUACAUUCCGUUGCCAGAGGACGAGACAAGGCGACUCCAAAUCAGUAAGCUCCUUGCAUACCAAAAGAAUACUCUUCUGGAGGAAGACUAUGACAAGUUGGUCGAACUCACCAGGGGCUUUAGCGGAAGUGACAUCACACUAUUGGCCAAGGACAGUGCCAUGGGUCCAUUACGUUCGUUGGGAGAUAAGCUAUUGAGCACACCCACGGACCAGAUCCGGCCCAUCCAGCUCGAGGACUUUGUGGAGAGUUUGAAGUACAUUCGUCCUAGUGUUUCAUCCGAGGGACUUGUCGAGUACGAGAACUGGUCCAGCAAGUUUGGAUCGUCGGGAGCAUGA